AUGGUGUUCUUCAACAAGGGCGUGCUCACAGCUUCCUUACUUCCCUGCGACCCUUCACUCUUUCGUUCCCCACUCACCUUCUCUCUCCUCUCCAUCCCACCGCUGCCUGGCAGCAGUGUCCUACGGCCUGGCGUCAAUGGCCAUGGUGGUCGUCAACAAGGGCGCGCUCACAGCCUGCCCCUUUCCCUUCUUUCCCCCUUUGAUUCCGCCUCUCCUCGCCUCUUCCCAUCCCACAGCGGCCUGGCAGCACUGUCAUACGGCCUGGCGUCAAUGGCCAUGGUGUUUCUAAAUAAGGGCGUGCUCACUUACUACAAGUUCAGCAUGACGCUGCUGGCGCUGCAGAUGGUCGCCACAACAGCUCUUAUUUAUGUCGGCGGAAAGCUCGAGUGGAUCGCCAUGCGCCCGUUCUCCCUCUCCACCGCUCGUCGCCUGCUGCCGCUCUCCUUCUUCUAUAACGCCAACGUCGCCUUCGCCCUGGCGAGUCUGCAGGGCGUCAACAUUCCCAUGUACAUUGCGCUAAAGCGCCUCACGCCCAUGGCUGUGCUGAUAACGGGGUUUUUUACAGGAAAAUCCAAGCCGCCCCUGCAGGUCACCCUCUCAGUCUCCCUCACCACAUUCGGCUGCCUCAUAGCAGCGCUGGGCGAUUUUUCUCUGGACCCCUACGCGUACGCGCUGGCCCUCACCUCAGUGCUCUGCCAGACCUUCUACCUGCUGCUCGUGGAGCGCUCGGGGGCAGAGCAGGGCAUCUCGUCCUUUGAGCUCAUGUUCUACAACGCCCUGCUCUCCCUGCCGUUCCUGGGAGCCAUUCUGCUCUGCACCAACGAAUUGCCCACCUCCGUGCCACUGCUCUUCACCAUGUGCGCUGAAUCAUGGACGUUCACAGUGGCGGUAACUGCAUCGCUGGUGAUGGCGCUGGUCCUAAACUACACCAUGUUCCUCUGCACCAUUGUCAACUCUGCUCUCACCACCACCAUCGUUGGUGUGCUCAAGGGCGUGUUCACAACUAUCUUCGGGUUUUUCUUCCUUGGGGGGGUGAAAUUCCAGUUACUCAACGUAACAGGUCUGGUUAUUAACUCAGCUGGAGGAGUGUGGUACUCUAUAGCCAAGUACCGGCAGAAACAAGCAAAGGUACCCUCCUCUCCCGUUCUCCCCACCACUCGGGAUCAAGACCUUGGCUCUGACUCGCUAGAGACAGAUCGUCUUAUUGAAGCUUCCGUGAAGGAGGUUGAUGAUAUUCCGAGCCGGGAGGAUCCUGCUGCUUCAUUUGUUGAGCCGCCGAAGCCAUUGAAGUGA